GACAUGCUUAGAGUUUGUGAUACAAACAAACCAUGCCUUCAUUUGGUCUAUGAGAUGUGGGAUUCUAUGAUUUUCAACAUGAAGAAGGUUAUUUAUGAUCAUGAAGGCAAGCUACCAAGUGAUUUUUCAUCAUUUUUUCAUGUCAUUCAUCGUAUUCUUCUUGCUCGUUGGACAAAACAUAGCACUCCAUUACAUUGCCUAGCUCAUUCUUUGAACCCGAGGUAUUAUAGUGAUAAAUGGCUUCAAGAAAAAGAAGGUAGAAUGCCUCCACAUAUGGAUGGAGAUGUCUCCACACAAAGAAUGAAGUGUUUUAGGAGACUUUUUCCUAAUCCAGAUGAGCGUGCUAUUGUUGAUGAUGAGUUUGCUGAUUUUUCUCUCAAAAGUGGGCCAUUUGGAGACCCAGAUGCUAUCUUGAAUAGCUAUGACAGGGAACCUAGGAAAUGGUGGGCAUGUUAUGGUUCACGUGCUCCUUUGCUUCAAAGGUUAGCUUUUAAGGUGCUUGGACAACCUACUUCUUCAUCUUGUUCUGAAAGGAAUUGGAGUACUUAUUCUUUCGUUCAUUCAUUUAGAAGGAAUAAAUUAACUCCAAAACGUGCAGAGGAUUUGGUCUUUGUUCAUAACAAUCUUCGUCUUUUAUCGAGAAACACCUCCCAAUAUUAUGACGAGAAGACAAAGAUGUGGGAUAUAGGUGGAGAUGAAUUUGGAAGUAUGGAAGAUGUGGGUAUUCUCGAAUUUGCUAAUCUCUCCUUAGAUGAACCAGAGUUGGAAUCUGUACUCUUUGACGAAGAUAUUAGCCAGUUUAUAGAGACAUAGCGUGAUGAACUGAAUGAACUUUUAUAAACUGGAUUAUGUUUGAUUCUGUUAUUUAAAUUCUAUGUUUGUUUUUAAUUACUAAGUCAUGUAAGGAUAAUAUAACUUUCUAAAUAUUGUUGAUGGUUAUUUGAAUG